UGCCUGGCAUUUGGUCGCAUAUCAUCAGUUCUUGCUUGGCUCUCCUCCGUGAAGCUCACGCACAGCCAGUCAGAGUCUCUGGGCUAAUCCUCAGGCUUGGUAAUCUUGUAUUUCAUCCUCAGUUGAGAGAGAGACAGAGUGAGUGAAGUCCUCGCUUGUGCGGUGUUUUCUUUGUGUUUACAGCCAGAGACUUUUCGAGAAUUUGAGAAUAUGAGCCAAAAGGAGGACGACCCGAACAGUGCCAAUCCGAUGCUUUAUGACCCCAUCCAAGAUGGCGUUGGAUCAACACGCAAACUUAUGCAAUUUAUUGCGGCCACAAUAGUGGCUUUGGGCGCCGUGAGUGCUGGAACCGUCUUGGCGUGGACUUCUCCUGUCGUGAACCAGCUAAAGUCCAAUGAAUCACUCGCAAUGACAUCCGAACAAGAAUCAUGGGUGGGUUCGCUUCUGGCCAUUGGGGCGUUCUUCGGCGCCAUUCCAGCUGGCAUUCUGGCUGACAUGAUCGGCAGGAAGUACAUCAACAUGGCUCUGGGGGUGCCCUUCCUCCUCAGCUGGGGCCUCAUCAUUUCCGCCACGAAUGUGGGAAUGCUCUACGCAGGCCGCAUUUUCGCCGGAAUUGCUACUGGAGCGGUUUGCGUGGUGGCGCCGAUGUUUAUCUCAGAGAUUGGAGAGGCAUCGAUUAGAGGUGCUCUGGGAUCCUUCUUCCAGCUCUUCCUCACCAUGGGCAUCCUUCUGGUGUACGCCGUGGGCUCCUUCGUGGACUGGAGAACACUGAGCGGUGUUUGUGCCAUUCCUCCAGCCCUCCUGAUUGUUGGGAUGUUCUUCCUGCCCGAGAGUCCUGUUCAUCUCGUGAAGAAAGAGAAGAGAAACGAUGCAGUGAAGGCGCUGAAGUGGCUCUGGGGAAAGGAGUGCAACUCUAGAGCUGCGAUUCAGGUCAUCCAGAAUGAUGUGGACUCGGCAGCGGGCAAAGCUUCGAUCAGGGACUUGUGGACAAUCCCAGCAAAUAGGGCUGGUCUCAUCAUUUGCCUCUGUCUGAUGCUGUUCCAGCAAAUCUCCGGCAUCAACGCUGUGAUCUUCUACACUGAGCCGAUCUUCCAAAAGGCUGGCACAUCAUUCGACGCUUCGGUCUGUACGAUCAUUGUGGGAGUGGUGCAGGUCUUCAUGACAUUCGGAUCCACGCUGUUGAUCGACAAGGCUGGAAGGAGGAUUCUCCUUAUGCAGAGCAGUAUCGUGAUGGGCGCUUGCUUGACCAUGCUUGGCAUAUACUUCCAUCUCAUGGAUGCAAAACAUGAUGUCUCAUCUAUUGGAUGGCUGCCUCUGAUUUCCCUCGUUCUCUUCAUCGUCAGCUUCUCCCUUGGCUUCGGCCCCAUUCCUUGGAUGAUGAUGGGCGAGCUCUUUGGUCCCGACGUAAAGGGCAUGGCCUCCUCAAUUGCCGUCAUGCUGAACUGGACUCUAGUGUUCAUUGUGACCAAAUGCUUCGGCAUGAUGCUCGAGAACUUCGGCAGCGACAUCACCUUCUGGAUCUUCGCCGUCUGCAUGGCCAUUGCCACAGUCUUCGUGGCACUGAAGGUGCCUGAAACCAAGGGCAAGAGCGGCGCUGAGAUCCAGAUGAUCUUGGCGGGAAAGCAGAACUAACCACAACUAUAGCCUUAAGUAAUAUCUGUUAGCAAUACUUCAUGUUAAUGCCUGACUAUCAUUUUGUUGCUCUGUCCCUGAGAAAGUGCAUUUAUUGUGAACAAGUUUAGAGUUCCAUCGUCGAUUUGAAAUGAUUGUAAGAUUAGGUAUUAAGCAGCUCUCUGAUUUUUCAUUUUACAAGCCAUACAAAGACGAAUUUAGUGGUUCAAGUUUUAUCGGAAAGGUGCUAAAGUGAGAUGGUGAAGAAGGACAAUAAGAAGAAGAUAUUGAUGGGCAUAAUUGUGUAAAAAUUAACUGAAAAGAAAAAAAAAACAUAUCGCGAUCAGGUCUUCCGAAACAAAAAGCCCAGAAGAAGUGUCUGUUCUGUUUUAUGUUCAAUUUUAAUCUGGUUUUUCAGCUGUAGAAGAAAUUAUUCUAAAAAAAACAACACACAUAUAUAGAAAUCCAUGAAAGAGUCACAGACUGCAUUUUGAGAUGGUGAAGAUGUAUUUUUAAGAUGAAAGUUGAGUGAGACAAAGUCGGAUGGAAGAGAUUUCCAAAUGUUCGUAGAGGAAAUUUAUUAAUUUCACAAAAACCAUUAUCUUAUCUCUUGUAGUUUUAGCUAAAUGUCUUAGAAAAAAGAAGCAAAAAUAUCACUCUUUUGACAGAAGUUUUAUUCUAUAAUAUAUAUCAUUUUUCAUAAUUCGCGAAAAGAAGAAUGUUAUCUGUAAUUUAGAUUUUUCUGCUGAGAAAAUCAUGAUUGUUCAUUUUCUGUACAAAGUGUUAUACGAUUAGUCAUUUAAAGAAUGUGUAGCAGUAAAGAAUAAAAAUAUAUUAUACUUCUUUAGUGAUAAA